AUGGCAGUCCCCGGAGUAAAAAGCGACCAACCCUUUCUAAUCCCCCAAAAGAGGGCCGCCUCAAUACCUGAUAGUGCCCCGAUUCCUAAAAAGCUCAACAAUGCUACAAGAACGACCAGAGAGAGAUCGAACAAUAAGAGAGACGACUCCUCCGAGCCCAAGAAUCCGAAAUCGACUGAGAAUUUGACUGAAGGCGAAGUUUUCAGACACCUUGAAGCGGUUCGAACGGAGAUGGCCACGAUUAGCUGGUAUAUGGAUCUGCCUGAAAAGCUUAAGAUCCCGGAGAUUCUUCUGGACUUUAGCAUCCUUAAUAUGCCCGAAUGGCCGGAUCAGGACACAAUUGAUAAGUGGUUGGUGCAGAGACAUAGGAAGCCGGAUGAGGUUAAGAAGAAAAAGUACGAUAGAGAGCCGCAGGAUAAGAAGGAGGGAAAAGAUCAAGAAGCCAGUGACGAGAAAGUGAAGGGCGAACCAACAAAGAACGAUUAUGAAAAUGCUAUGCAGGAAGAGUAA